AUGCACAGCGCAAAUCAGAGAGGCGGCAGUUCCUUGGUAGUCCAUGCACAGCGCAAAUCAGAGAGGCGGCAGUUCCUUGGUGGUCCAUGCACAGCACAAAUCAGAGAACCGCUGAAACGCUCAGGCGCUAGCAAAUUCAAAGAGACGGCAGUCCCCAAUGGGGGACUGCCAGAAAGGUUCCUAGACGUCAAAAAGGCAAACAAAAACAUACCUGUACUUCAAGGCGUUGCCUUUGAACCCUUGCAGCUGCAGUCUGCAAGGGCCCAAAGGAGUGACGGCCAUAAGAACAGAGAUCAUAAGAUCCUUACUACUCCCAUCGUCGAGUUGCUAGGAACGAGUUUAACGCUGGACAGGGUUAGAUUCGCUGUGCACGCCAUUAAGCGUUUGCUAGCGUUCGAAAGCUCCAUUCGUCAGCAUCAUUUCAAGCCCUUAAUCGACACGAUCGGCGCGGUUCUCCUCUCACACUCGUAUCUCGCCCGUACCUGCGCCGUUUCCCUCGAUUCCGGAUACGUUCGAAAGCCCCAUUCGUCAGAAUCAUUUCAAGCCCUUACUCGACACGAUCGGUGCGGUUCUCCUCUCACAUCAAAUCUAGCUCGUAUCUCGCCCGUACCUGCGCCGUUUCCCUCGAUUCCGGAUACGUUCGAAAGCCCCAUUCGUCAGAAUCAUUUCAAGCCCUUACUCGACACGAUCGGUGCGGUUCUCCUCUCACACUCGUAUCUCGCCCGUACCUGCGCCGUUUCCCUCGAUUCCGGAUACGUUCGAAAGCCCCAUUCGUCAGAAUCAUUUCAAGCCCUUACUCGACACGAUCGGUGCGGUUCUCCUCUCACA